AUGUACAACCUUAUCUUCACCACCACCCUGCUCCUCAUACUCUUAGCUUCACAUUCACGAGCUCAAGCUCAAGAUCCCAAAGCCAACGACAUCACCAACAACGGCGACUACCUAAUCGCGCGCUGUGGCAAAGGAAUACAAGGAGGAAAAGCCGAUCAAUUAAUCUCCCUGCUCAGAUCAAUCGGCGGCGAUCUCCCCACCAUUAACGUUGAAGCAAACUUAGGCGAAGACUCCAUUUAUGGCUUUAAAUCCCUCUUCACAAAUAACGAAAACAUCGCCGCUGUGACAGAAACCUACGGCAAGCUAUCCGAUGCGGAAACAGUCGUAGUCAAUGGCCAAGCAACACGAGUCACCUUCGUCUGUCUCGAGCUUGGCGACUUUACUACUGCGAGUAUCUACAACACCAUCCUCACAAACCAGCGCCGCGCGGCUGCAUUCAACGAGUUUGGCUCCGAGAAGAUAUACCUGACACCCUUCUUCUUUGAGGUGCUGAAACGCAAUCCCGAACCAUACCGCUGCCCGCUGUUUCGAAAAAAUAGGAUUGCUGUCAACUUUGAUGAUAUUCUAGGUACCACGCAGUAUGGAAUCAUAAUCCAUGAGUUGGUGGACAAGUACUUGCAUUUUGAGAAUUUGCUGCAGGCGGAGGUGUAUGAUUUGAAGGAUUGUAUCAAGUUGUCGGCGGAUCAGCAGCUGAAGAAUGCGGAGAACUUUAAUAUGUUUGCUUCUGGCCGGCUGUUCGAGGUUUCCACGAUGAUGAACACAACAAUGGGACAAGUGCCGAGGAUUCUCUCGAUGAACACGCAUGCGAGAGCCAAAGGAUCGAGCAAUACGAUGCUCAGAGCUGUGGCACCAGGUGGUGCUAAAGGAAAGGACGUCCCGAUCGACUGGACCAGGAAGUUAGUCAAGGUUCUUCUUUGA